GAGUCAACACUAAACAUAUCAUAUUGGACUGGUGUGAAGAAGUGUUUUACUGUAUUACAGUACUUGUCAGCACAAUACAACACUGUGCACCUUACAAAAUGUGGAUCGCUGUCGGCGUAAUUUCCUUGGCUUUAGUGGCCAUUCUCUUUAAAUAUGUGUUGGGAAGUUCUGGACCGAAUCCUUUUGGUAUCGACACACGCGAGCCGCUGAAGCCCAUGGUGCUCGACCGAAAGCUGAAGAAUAAAGUCCUGAAACAAGGUUUUCUGGCCAGUAAGGUCCCACAAGACUUGGAUGCAAUAGUGGUUGGCAGUGGGAUUGGAGGACUGGCAAUAGCUGUCCUAUUGGCUAAAGUGGGUAAAAAGGUUCUGGUUUUGGAGCAACAUGACCGGGCUGGAGGAUGCUGUCACACCUUCACAGAGCAGGGCUUUGAGUUUGAUGUUGGUAUCCACUAUAUUGGGGAACUACAGGAUCACAAGCCAUUUCGCUGUGUGAUUGACCAGUUGACCAAUGGGCAGCUGCAGUGGGAGCCGCUGGAUAACCCGUAUGACAAAGUGGUCCUGGGUCCACCAGAAAACCGACGCAUAUACCCCAUCUACAGUGGAAAAAAGCGCUACAUCGAUGAACUGAAGAAGUGCUUCCCAGGGGAGGAAAAAGCCAUUGAUGAAUAUGUGAGACUUUCCAAGAAACUUUCAAAUGGCUUGUGGUUCAUGGUCCUGCUGAAGCUCCUCCCGAUUCCUCUUGCAAAGUUCCUGGUGCACACGGGCCUGGCCAAUCGCCUGUCUUUCUUCUUCAGCUAUGCGUCCCGCAGCCUGACGGAUGUGGUGAAUGAGCUCACACAGAAUAAGGACCUGAGAGCUGUGAUGUGCUACAUCUUUGGCACCUACGGUAAAAUGCCUAAAGAAGCAAGCUUUGCCAUGAACAGUUUGCCUAUGUGCCACUAUUUGAAUGGUGCCUGGUACCCGAAAGGUGGUGCGAGUGAGAUCGCCUACCACAUGAUCCCCAUCAUUGAGAAAGCAGGAGGUGCAGUGCUUGUUAGAGCGCCUGUCAACCGCAUACUCCUCAGUGACACUAAAGAGGCUGUUGGUGUGAGUGUUAUGAAGGGACAAGAGGAGGUACAUGUUCACGCUCCCAUAGUGAUUUCAGAUGCUGGAAUCUUCAAUACCUAUGAACGUCUCCUGCCCAAAGAUGUGCAGGCUAUGCCUGCGAUCCAGAAACAGUUGAGUAUGGUGCAGCAUGGAGAUGGUGGUCUCAGUAUUUUCAUCGGUGUGAAUGGGACAAAAGAAGAGUUGGACCUAAAAGCAGACAAUUAUUUUAUCUUCCCUGAGAACAAUUUUGAUGAGCUGUUGGAGGGAUACAUGAAGGGGGACAGGGAAGAAUCUUCUAAAAAGACCCCUCUUAUAUUUGUGGCCUCACCCUCUGCCAAAGACCCAACCUGGCCAGAAAGAAGUCCAGGUAAAUCCACUGUGACUGUUGUUAGCUUUGCUAACUAUGCAUGGUUUGAAGAGUGGAAAGAUGAUAAAGUGAACAACAGAAGCACUGAUUAUAAGGAGCUGAAGAAGGCGUUCAUCAAUAACAUAUUAGAGGCAGUGAUUGAGAUCUUUCCUAAGAUCAAGGACAGGAUUGAAUAUGUGGAUGCAGGCACCCCAAUCACAAAUCAGCAUUACAUUGGUGCUCCUAAAGGAGAAUUCUAUGGUAUUGAUCAUGGUAUUCCUCGAUUCGAUGUUGAAUUAAACGCCACCAUCAGACCACAGACGCCCAUUAAAAACCUCUACCUCACGGGUCAGGAUGUAAUGUUGUGUGGCUUUGCUGGAGCACUGGCAGGAGCACUAACGUGUGGUUCUGUCCUCCUGAAACGUAAUCUUCACCUGGAUGCCAUUGGUCUUGCCAAGAGAGUCAAUAAUGGCAAUAACAAGAAGAAAGUAUAAGUAUUUGUAACACGUAAUGUUCAUAAUCGUUCCUAGAGAUAUCAGAAAAAUUAACGACUGCACUGCCUGAUAAUUAUGCACUACUGUAUUUGUGUUUACCAAGUGCCUUACUGAGCUCAACUAUACAUUGAAACUCAGCUAUACAGUAAUUCCCAAUCUAGUUUUUAAUGCACUUAAAAAGGGAAACAAAUCAGAUUCAGGUGAUUUAUUUAAAUGGUUUUAUAGUAACCUGCAAAAUGAUGCAGAGUUUUUUCCAUUAACCUUCUUUUUGAAUGGUUUGUUGUGUUAAAAGCAGAAGAUAUGCUUCCCACUAUAUAUUGUGGGUGUUUUGUAACUGCGAACUGAAAUUUUAGUUGCACUUAAAUUUGAUUUAUUAUUGUGGAUCCAGGCCUGUAGGUCUGUAUAAAGGGAUUACAUGCAUCUUUCUCAAAUGAUAUAUUUGAGACACUGUAUGAUGAUGCCAUGUGCGUUUUGCUGCCUUUUUGUGUUCAGACUGGUGUAAAUAAGCCUGUAAGUGUGCUUAUUAAUACAGAAUGGAUGCUUGUGCAUACUGAAUAAAUAUGUUAAUUCC